UCGUCGUCUAGUCAAAGUUCAGCUACAAUCGUGUGUGGUUGCAUUGUAACUACCGGCAAAACCGGCGAAUCGAAAGCGGACCUUAAUUCGGUCAUCAUCAAAACGAGAAGAAGCAACGGCAAGAAAAGUGGGUUUCGGUGAACCGUAACUGUACGAAAACCAUAAAAAAAUGGCCAGCAAUAUCGGUCUCGCUCCCCAUCGUAGGAUUAAAGAAAAGAAGCAACCAACAGCUCAAACUCAUGCCUCCCAAGUAGAAGACGCAUCUGUAGCUAACGCGCCAGCUCAGACGGCUGUUGAUGUUGACGUUCAGCCUCAUCAAACGGUUGAUCAACAUGAACCGCAUGAGCAAGAUCCUUCAUCUCACUCCUCCGAUAUCGGCCAUGUCAUUGAUGCUUGUGACAGUCCCAAACACGAAACCGGUUGCGACAGUAGUUGGACAGUGGUAGAGAACACCGCCCAACGUUCCUGGUUCGAAGAACUGGAAACUGAAGACAAGCUGGAAUAUCAGUUCUACCCAGCCAGUAAUGGAGUGAUCAACUUCAAAGUUCGUGCCCCGAACGAUGCUCAUUUGGCGCUGACCAGCGGUCCAGCGGAAUCCGAACCCAUGCUGGAGGUGUUUAUCGGCGGCUGGAAGAACACCAAAUCUGUCAUUCGAAAGAACCGCUCCAAGCCGGAUGUGUGCGAGGUGGAAACGCCGGAUAUCCUGAACCCGGGCGAGUUCCGUGGUUUCUGGAUCAAAUGGAUCGAUAAUGUGAUCACCGUUGGAAUGGAGGGAGCUGCCGCGGCAUUCCUUUCCUACGAAAAUCCAGACGCGUACGAUAUUAACUACUUUGGCGUCUGCACAGGCUGGGGAGCAAAUGGAUCGUGGAUUAUUGAACAAAGUCAACCGGCACCAUCGGCGCCGAUUUCGGCGGCUUUGGUGACAUCCGAUGCGGCUUGCUGGGUGCCAGCUUCUAAUGGAGAAAUUCCUCCGAAUGCCGUCGUUGGAGGAGCCGACGGAGAAGAUAUGUAUAUUGCUCGCGCUCAGCACGAAGGGGCAAUCAUUCCCGGUAAACUGCUGGCAUCGCACGGAUCUGCUUAUGUGGCAUGGGGUGGCGCUGAGAUCCCAAAAACGGAAUACGAAGUGCUGUGCGAUGGAAAUGGAACGUUUGUACCGACCAGUGGUGGGGAAAUCCCACCAAAUGCCAUUCCAGCGGGUGAAAGUGAAGACGGUGAGCCCCUCUUCAUUGGGCGGGUUUCGCAUGAAGGUACCCAGACAAUCGGCAAGGUCCAACAGUCGCACGGAGUGUGCUACAUUCCAUAUGGUGGGCAAGAAAUGGCAUUCGCCGAUUACGAGGUAUAUGUUAGCCAGUAAACGCCGAUAUACUCAUUUAAUGGUAUGGAUGGUGAGCCUUAGGCCUUAAUCGUAAAAAUAUGACUUGAAGAUUGUCACACUUUGUCAUGCAAAAAAAAGUUCGCUUGUACUAGAGCUGUAACCACAGAUGCCUGCACAAAUUAUUUAUUAUAAAUUACUACAGAAGUGUAAUAAAACUCGGUUUUACAAUAAAGUCACAUGCUUCCACAAA